GGCGAUUCCAGAAACCCAAAGCGUGCACUUCUCCUAUCCACCGUAUCGACCUGCCUUCCUCCCAGUACAAGCAGCUACCCUGCCAUGGAGUACACGAUGCUCGAUCAACAAACCCUGCUCUCCGCAAAUCCAUCGUAUCGACCUGCCUUCCUCCCAGUACAACCAGCUGCCCUGCCAUAAAGUACACGAUGCUCGAUCAGCGAACCCUGCCCUCCGCAAAUUCAUCGUAUCGACCUGCCUCCUCGUGCGACUGCAGUUGAAAAGAUGACUGGGAGGGACCAGGAGGAGGAAAAGGAGGAGGAGGAGAAGGGGGAGUGAGGGUGAUUAUAAAAAAGCCAUCAUCUCCAGCUCUGGAAACAGCCAUGUUGUCCAGUUUCGAGAACUUUAUCCGCGAUGAAUACAAGCGCUGGGAAGAUCAAAAUUGCAAUCGAUAGAGGGGGGACCUUCACCGAUGUUUGGGCAAGCCUCCCUGGGCUUCCCGAUGUUGUUCUGAAGCUACUCUCGGUAGAUCCAUCCAAUUAUGAUGAUGCGCCCACAGAAGGCAUCAGAAGGGUUUUGUCCAUUUACUACGGCAAGGAAAUUCCCCGCGGCAGACCUCUCCCGAAGGGAGAUCUGGAGUUCAUCCGGAUGGGGACAACUGUGGCAACAAACGCCCUACUGGAGCGGAAGGGUACCAGGCAUGCUUUCCUGGUCACAAAGGGGUUUCGGGACUUACUCAACAUUGGCUACCAAUCGCGACCACGGCUCUUUGACCUGGAUAUCGUCAAGCCAGCGGUGUUGUACGACGAAGUCCGCGAGGUCGAUGCUAGAGUAACAAUAGAGGGCUUUGACGAGGAUGUCGAUGGACUUUCAAAGUGUAAUGAGGAGAUUCCUGGAGUCCUGGUGCGUGGGAGCAGCGGCGACAUGGUGCGAAUCUUAAAACCUCUUGACGAGGAGCAAAUUCGUCACACACUGAAGGAUCUUCGUGCUAGUGGAAUUGACACAUUAGCGGUCUGCUUCGCCCACUCUCAUGUCUUCCCAGACCACGAAAUCCGAUUAUAUCAGAUGGCAAUGGAAGAGGGGUUUGAACAUGUGUCUCUGUCAUCAGCGGUCGCUGCUAAUAUGAUCAAAAUGGUGCCACGCGGGAGUUCAGCAUCAGCGGAUGCUUAUCUCACCCCCGAGAUAAAGAAGUAUCUGACAGGUUUUAUUCAGGGGUUUGAAGGUGGAAACCUGGAUGGUGUUCGAUGCGAUUUUAUGCAGUCAGAUGGGGGGCUUGUGAGCCACGAUCACUUUAGUGGCCUGCGAGGAAUUCUGAGUGGACCGGCAGGUGGCGUGGUUGGCUAUGCAAAUACUACAUUCGAUGAACAAUCCCCAACUCCCGUGGUAGGCUUCGACAUGGGCGGCACCUCCACAGACGUGUCGCGGUACGGCGGACACCUCGAGCAUAUUUUCGAGAGCACCACUGCUGGCGUAACGAUUCAAAGUCCACAGCUGGAUAUCAAUACGGUGGCCGCAGGCGGUGGGUCGAUUCUGACAUUGAGAAAUGGCCUCUUUGCAGUUGGACCGGAGAGUGCAUCGUCACAUCCUGGACCAGCAUGCUACCGCAAAGGGGGUCCUCUCACAGUCACGGAUGCCAAUCUCUUUCUCGGACGACUGAUCCCAGAGUAUUUCCCAAGGAUCUUUGGCGAGCGGGAAGACGAGCCUUUGGAUAUCCAGGUUGUGAAAGAAAAGUUCCUGUCGCUGACAGAAAAGAUUAAUGCAGAAACAGGUGGAUCGAUGAGUCCGAAGGCUGUUGCGUGUGGAUUUCUCGAUGUCGCAAAUGAAGCCAUGUGCCGACCUAUCCGAGCAUUGACAGAGGGGAAAGGAUAUGACAUAGGGAGUCAUAACCUGAGCGUCCUCGGGGGUGCUGGGGGGCAACACGCUUGUGAUAUCGCCCGAAAGCUAGGAAUAUCUACUGUGAUCAUACACAAGUACUCGAGUAUUUUGUCUGCAUAUGGCAUGGCCCUUGCGGAUGUGGUGCAAGAAGCUCAGGCACCCGUGAACGAGACGUAUGAUGAUGACGCACGAAAGAGGCUGAUUCAACGUCUGCUAAACUUACAAGAGAAAGUUUGGCUUCAACUCAGGGAGCAGGGAGUCUGCGAAGACAAUGUUCGAUACGGUCGGUAUCUCAACAUGAGGUACCAAGGCACCGAAACAGCCAUUAUGGUCCUUGAGCCUAACGACGGCGACUUCAAGGCGGAAUUCAAAAGAAUGCAUUUGCGAGAGUUUGCGUUUUUAUUUCCAGAUGAUAGGGCAAUUAUGGUGGAUGACGUGCGAGUCCGUGGUAUUGGCUCAAGCGGAGACCUCGAAAGAUCCGAUGGGCGGAAGCUGGGCGAGGAGUUGCAAAGCUCCACAUUCACUGCCGUGCCUCCCAACUUGGCAAAGCAGAUGGUAAGGAAUGUAUACUUCCAAGGCUCUGGAACAUGCGCAACGCCUGUCUUCCAACUCUACGAUCUUGCACCCCUUACCCUCAUCGCUGGACCGGCAAUAAUCAUCGAUCAAACGCAGACUCUCGUGAUUACUCCAGGUGCAGAAGCCAGAGUCUUGAGCAAACAUGUUGUUAUCUAUAUCAAGAGGAAAUCAGUCGGAUUCAUGCAGGACACAACGAUGGUAGACAACAUUCAUCUUUCUGUGUUUGGACACCGUUUCAUGAGUAUCGCGGAACAGAUGGGCCGUGCUCUGCAGAAAACGGCGGUAUCCCUGAAUAUUAAAGAGCGACUGGACUUCUCCUGUGCUCUCUUUGGUCCAGAUGGGGGCCUGGUGGCAAAUGCGCCCCACGUGCCAGUGCAUCUGGGUUCAAUGAGUUACGCAGUCAAGUAUCAACAUGAUCUCCACAAGGGAAAGCUCAUCCCCGGUGAUGUCCUAGUGACCAACCAUCCCGAGGCAGGUGGCACGCAUCUGCCGGAUAUUACGGUAAUCACACCGGUCUUUGAAAAGACUGGACGAGAGGUUGCUUUCUACGUGGCUUCCCGCGGACAUCAUACGGACAUCGGCGGCUUGGGCGGCACGUCCAUGCCACCCAACUCGACAGAGCUGUGGCAAGAAGGGGCUGCCAUCCGGUCAUUCAAGCUAAUUCACAUGGAGCGGUUUGACGAGGAGGGCAUCACGGAAAUUCUACUUCGCCCCGGGCAGUACCCGGGAUGCACAGGGAGCAGACACAUAUCGGACAAUAUCUCCGACUUGAAGGCUCAGGUGGCUGCAAACAACAAGGGAAUGAGUUUGGUGCAGGGCCUCAUCGAAGAAUACACUCUCCCUGUAGUCCAGUUAUAUAUGAAAGCUAUUCAGUCCAAUGCUGAAUGGGCCGUCAGGAAAUACAUUCGUCGCGUCCUCUCACAAAUGGGGCCACAUCUCACAGCGCAAGACCAGAUGGACAACGGAUCAGUUAUAAAUCUGUCUAUCAACCUCUGCCCGGAUGGAUCCGCCAUCUUUGACUUUACCGGAACCGACUGCGAGCUGCAAAGCAACAUCAAUGCCCCGCCGGCUAUCACGCACUCCGCCAUUAUCUACACACUCCGCCUUCUCAUUGGUAACGACAUCCCACUCAACCAGGGGUGUCUUACACCAAUCGAAGUGAUAUUACCCAAGGGAAGCUUCCUCAACCCGUCCGCUGGACCCGCGGUUUGUGCCGGAAACACCCAGACCUCGCAGCGGCUUGUGGACGUGAUCCUUCGGGCCUUCCGUGCUGCCGCCGCCUCGCACGGCUGUAUGAACUGCUUGGGUUUCUUUGGCGAGGGUGGCACUGACGCAGAUGGCAAGAAGCUCACUGGAUAUGCAUACGCCUUUGGGGAGACGAUCUGCGGGGGCUCAGGCGCCACAUCCAACCGGCCUGGAGCAUCAGGAGUGCACACGCAUAUGACGAACACUAGAAUCACUGACCCGGAGAGUCUCGAAAAGCGCUAUCCGGUCAUUCUGCGCGAGUUUGCCAUCCGACCUGGUACGGGAGGCGAUGGGACACACCGGGGGGGCGAUGGUGUGGUGCGAGAUAUCGAGUGUCGGGCUCCACUGAGCUUCAGCGUCAUCACCGAACGGCGUAGCAUCGCCCCGUACGGAAUGAAUGGGGGUGGACCAGGCGCGCGGGGGGCUAACUACUGGGUUCGACGUGUGAAGGGUGCUGCUGAUGGAGAGGAGUGGCGGUGGGUCAACAUGGGAGCAAAGAAUAUGGUACGGAUGGCAGCGGGGGAUCGCUGCGUGAUUCACACCCCUGGCGGAGGGGGCUGGGGGGAGUCGUAUAUGAGUCUCCGUGAGAAAUUGUAUGACGAGAUUCCUUGCUAUCCCCGAGCCUCGGGCAGUGUUGCUGCCUAUAUGAUGGCGCAGGAGAGUUCUGUUUAA